GGAAGAAGAAAACACACUCACACACAGACAUAUACACUCAGACAGAACCAUGUCUGACAUCCUCUCUUACAGAAAGAAGGAGUGAUACGACAGAGGGAUGGAGGGAGGACAGCGGAGGCUGUGAAAGAGCCGGCGAACAAGAAGUGAUGCACAAGAGCUGCAUCAGCUCUCACACACACAAGGAACAAAACACAUUGUGUUGGUGACUCAGAGCUGUGUGCGACGUGGAGACUCCUCCGGCUGCCGCUCUCCCCCCUCCCCUCCUUCUCUCGUCUCCUCUCCCUCCCUCCCUCCCUCCCUCCUGCUCCUCUGUGUUUGGUUAUGGUCCUAAUAGAGAAGCAGGGCAUCACCCAGAUGCUGCGCUCCGGCUCUUUGCAGGUUAAGAGGCUGUAAACAGCAGCAUGGGAGCCAAACAGAUGAAAUGUCUCAGCUCGGCCAGCCCCGCUCACUCCCCCAAAGACGAGUAUGUCAUCACCCAGUCCACCGACGCCCCUGAAGAGGAGACGCAAACGCUCCGCGAUCAGGCCGAGACCCGCGGGGAAUCUCGAGAUGACAAAUCGGAGCUGACGGAAAAAAAAUCUGUUGCAGAUGAGAUGCCUCUCUGUGGUUUGUGUCCCUCCCUGGGGCUUGGUGGGCAGGAGGAGGAGGAGAAGUCCUGGGAGGAGCAGCUGGACGCCCACCAGGAGCAGCUGGAGAAAGAGAUGCAGGAGGCCAGGAAGAUGGUGUUCCGCCUACAGACGCUGCUGCUUCAUGGUUCUCUGCCUGAGGAAGACCAGGAUGGAUCUGUGAGCUUUGGAGAUACUCGAGCUAACACAGAACAACAGCUGGUUCUAAUCCGCAGUCGACUGGACCAAAGCACAGAGGAGGCCCUUGAUCUCAAGAGGGAGCUCCUGAGACACAAACAGGAGGCUCGUCACAUCCAGGCCAUCAAGGACGCUCUGCAGCAGCGUCUGUCGGUGCAGGAGGACGCUGUGCUGCAGCUGAAGCAGGAGCUGCUCAGAUCUAACAUGGCCAAAGAUCAGCUGGAGGGAGAAAAUGCCGAACUCAAGCACAAGCUGAGUGAACAGAACAAAUUACUCAGUGAAUACGAGCAGCUCGAGAGGAAGGAGCGGAUUCUGCAGCAGCAGCAGCACAAACACGAGGAGGCUCAGCACAAAGCACACGAGCUCAGUCUCACACGGUCCUUCAGGAGUGAAAGUGGUGGAUACACUCAUAACUCGACGUCGUUCAAACACAGUGCACCGGGUGAAGAGCUGCAGUUGGUGCGCGAGGCCCUGCGCAGUCUGAGGGACAGUUUUUCAGGCCACGACCCCCAGCAUCACACUCUGGACACUCUGGAGCAGGGAGUGUCCAGCCUGGUGGACAGAUUACACUCUCUGGACACGCAGCGCAGACAGGACAGAGGGGAGGAAUUCAAAUCGCCAGGACGCCGAGCCAACUCGACAGACCGGGACUCGUGGCCGCCGAGCUCAAAAAUGGCACAUUCACACAGCACGCCGGGGCUGGACAGUACCGUGUCCACCAAAGUGCUCUACUUCACGGACCGCUCGCUCACGCCGUUCCUCAUUAACAUCCCAAAAAGGCUGGGUGAAGUGACGCUGCGAGACUUCAAGGCAGCAGUAGACAGACAGGGCAGCUUCAGGUACCACUUCAAGGCGCUCGACCCGGAGUUUGGCACCGUGAAAGAGGAGGUGUUCCAUGACGGCGCCGUCGUGCCCGGCUGGGAGGGGAAGAUCGUGGCGUGGGUGGAGGAAGACCACGGAGAAAGGAGGUAGAGCCACGCCCAGAAAAAUAACAAAACAAAAGAUCACCACGACAAACCUCAGUCGUUCUUCACUGGACCACAGUUUCACAGAAACACCAACGAUGCCAAACUGAUAAAUAUUAACUGGGACCAAUGUAUCUGAGCGGGCUACAACUCAUGAUUCUUCUCAUAAUCGAUUCUUUUUCUUUUCUGUUUGGUCCAGAAAAUGUCACAAAAAUCUUUAUUUGUGUUUCCCAAACCUCGUAAUGAUUCAAAAUUCAAAAAGCACUAAAAAAUAACACUCAAACUGACAAAUUAGUAGAUGAGUAAUCCAUUAUUAGCGGAUUCAUCGUUGCAGCCCGAGUAUUUGAUGCAGUUUAAGGUUAAAAACCAUGUUUUAAACGUGAAGGUUUCAUAUGAAGAUCUCUUUUAUUCACAUAACAGACAUUAAUUAAUUAAUUAAUAUAUGGAGGACGACCAGUUCAUGGCCAGGAAUGUUACUUGAAAUGUGAUUUACAAUAAAUAAUAAUAUGUAAUAAACUUAAAAGAAAUAAGAAGCUGUAAUGCAGAGUAUUCAAACCUUUUAAUGAAAGCGUCGGCUGACAUUUUUUUCACACGUU